GGGCUUCUAGAGGCACUUAAAAAGGUUCAUACGGAGAAUUUAUUGAAUGAUACAGAGCAGAAUAACACCCAUGAUGACGUCUCUAAAUAUCCAUUUAAUGUCCAGAUUUUGACUCGAGGUUUUAAAACCUGCUCCCCAAGUUAAAUCUUCACCUUUUUUCUGACUUAUUUAUAAUGACAUCAGUAACACUCUGUCUGCACUGGGACCACACAAAGAAAGCUGCACGUGUGUCUGACUCUUACACACAGUCUUUUGUUUUCAGAAACAAGACUGCAGCAGUGGGCUCCAAUGCACAGCUCCACUACUUCCUGAAUUUAAGACAGCUCCUUUAUUUCCUGUCUCACAUGAUUGGACAAACUGAUUAAUCCAAGUGUGACUGAUCGCUGUGACUACUCAGACACACCUGGAUUAAUCAGUUUGUCCAAAAAUGUAACCCCAUUUAGGAUGACUGAGAUCUCAAAGGUAAAAGUUCAGUGACAAACAUGCAAAUUAAUUUACCAGAGAAGAAACAGAAAAAUUAAACCUGAAAACAAAGGAUGUUUUGGGAAUAUUGUACGGGGAGUUUCCCAGAGUCACUGAACAGGAACUGGAAAUUUUACUGCUAAGCUUCCACUAAAAUAUACUCAUGAACCUUAAAUUUACACGUCAUGUUUUACACAUUUUAUUAUGAAUAUGAUAUAAACACUCAGAUGAUCAAACUUUAAUUUUUGUGGAAACAUCUCUGCUUGUUUUUUCUGUUUUCCCUCCCCAAUAAAAAAGGUUUGUCCAAGUCUGAAUUUGACAUUAAAAAAAAACAAAAAAACUGAUGUGAUGAUGAGAGUAGAUCCAAGGUCAUCAUACACCUCCUCUCCUACGUGCUGUUAUUAAUAACUGUCCCACAUACCGUCACCCCACUCUGGUUUCUUGUUGGUCAGCUGCCUGUGCCCUCUGUCACUGAACCCACGUCCCCUCUGCCCAAAUGUUCAUCCAAAUCCACACAAUUACAACCAUAAAAAAGUGUGUUUGUGUAGUUUAAUCGCUUCAAAUGUGUACGAGAAGGAAUUAGACACAAAAAGUACAGACACACACAAACAAACUCCACCUGCCUUUUUUAUUUAAAUAACAAAGCUCUGAGAUACACCCACGGUAUUUACAAAGAUACACUUUAGCUUGCAACAAAAAAUAGUGAUUGGACUGCAAAAAUAUGGCAUCUAUUGUAGCAACCCUUCAGUCAGUGAUUGUGAUGUACUUAACUUUCCAGACUAGACUAACACUAUGAGGGAGAGGGGUCAGAAUAGGUCAGGGGGAACACUGUAAGGAGGGAGGGCUGCAGUGAUGGUUUUCAGGGUUACACCAUCACCUCUUUAACGUUUGUGUUUGAUUUACAGAGUAUUGGCACCUAAAAUAAAAGAAACUUGGCAUAAAAUUCGAUCAGCAUACCUUAACGUGAAAAUGAAACAUCUCCAGAGUAAGAAAAACUUGGAGCUAAGGUGCGCUCUUCCAUGAUGCGACUUUACUACCAUUAGGAACAGCAUGCCUGAAUAGAAUAUGGUAUAAAAUAGAAUUAAACUAUCUUAUAGAUGAUAUAACACUCAAAAUUGUAUUUUUACAAUCGUAGGAAGUGUGGCCUCUUUAUUUUUAUGUAACAGUGAGUUAAUGUAAAACACAAACAUUCUUCAUGCAUUGAUGAUGAGCGAUCCCUUCACAUCGAUUUCCCUUACCAUGAGACAAACCACAUCAACUUUUAUCACCAAAAUCCAGCUUGUAAAGUUCACAGUCUUUCUGGAGUAUGAGACUUGGAGAGGAGGGGUGUAACAGCUGACUGAUAUCACCGAUCCGCCAUACAAUCAUUUCUCUUCACGAGCCCUUUAUCAUGGAAUAAUGCCACAGGCUGUUUAUAUAUAUGUGGAUUCAAUUUACCUACUCCUGUUCUAAUAAGAUGAAGCAAAUAUUGGCGACUUUGUUUGCUUAUUUUAAACACUGAAACAUCUUAAGCGAUGAGAAUAAAAGCAAAAACAUCCCAAAUAAGUAUCAUGACACUCAGACACAGUUAAAUAUGAAUAACUCUUAAUGAUACAGCCCAACAGUAGAUCUUACACUCUCUAAGUGUACAAAACAGAAGAGCGACAUCCUCUGAUGACCCGCACUUAAACUUGAAAAUCACAUGCGUUUUUAAAAGAUCUUAAAAUUCAUUUAAAACUUCUUUUUUUUUUUUAUUGCAAAUCCAUUUCGAGUACUCUACAGUGCUGUAUGAUUGGUCCAUGGAUCACUUGAGUGGAUCUGGUUUGUGCAAAAGUUCCUGUAGAUAGAGUGCGAACUACCGCUGGGCUGUAAAAAAAUAAAGUACUGUUGAAAUUUGCAGGCCAAGUCUCAACGUCCAAAAACACAACUCUCACAGCACAACAGGCAAGUUAAAGCUUAAGUUCCCCAAACUAAAAGUUGAUUUAGGACACAGCCGAUUAAAGCGAAUGAGCCUUUUUUUUUCCCUUUACACUUUAUGUCUUUUAGUCCCGAUUCAAAGUGACAAACUCCCAACACUCGAAACAUGGCACGUUUAAUUCCACCCCUGGUAAAACAGCUAAAAUGUGCACUUAACUGAUGGAUAAAUUAAAACAGAUGAAAUGAUUUUUUUUUUUCACUACCACAACUCAAACAAUAUAUUAAAUCUUCAAUAUGAACCAAAAGAGCAAAGUAAAGGCAAAGAUUACAUGUUUCAAAUACAGUAUAAUAAGCUGAUUCAAGUGUUGAACUGAAUUAAAAACUGACUGGAUCAAGUUUCAAUGUGUCCGGAAACUUUGAGAUCACAGUGAACUAUCAGAGAAGAUCGCAGAAGUCUGUGCCUUUACAGAAAUAAGUGUUCUUGUCUUCAGUGUCUCUGUGCUGUUUAGAAUAAUUAUUGACUCUCUACCAUUGGUACCAUGGUGUUGGAAUUAUUUACUGGUUUGUUCACAUAAAUACAGCUUGAAACUGCCAUAAAGCAAGAGUAAUGGAGGGUUCCUUCUGUUGGAGAAGGAUCCCUUGAGUGGAGGUAGACAGAAAGUGGACUAACUUAACACAAGGAGUUGAUGUUGAUGCAAAAACUCCAACAUAAUGCUUACGAGAGCUGGAUGUCUUUGUAUGUGAGGAGCCUUGAAGUUUUUGCCGACUGAGCAGCAUCAUGCAGGGUCGUAUGGAUGGCAAACAUAAAAAGGUAGGUAUGAUUUAAGGCCAGAUGAGAAAAAAUACAGCUGCUGAGAUCACGUCUGAUGCACCUCGUGAAACAUCAGCUCUCUCGGGAUACGAGUCUCUGGGCCGUACAUCUUGCAGGCUCGCCGCUCGAACGCGGCGACGUUCUGCUUUACGACCUCGUCGAAGAACAUGGUGGCUAACUGGGAGUGCAGCAAAGAGCGGAACUCGAAGGAAAUCUGUGGAGGAUGAAAACAACAAUCAAUUUAGUUCGUGUUAGCACAAAAAAAAGGGUAAGAAAAAUGUAUAAGGACAAAUUAUGAAAAUAAAGAGGUGUGUCUUAUUGGUUGACAUAAGUAUUAUUAUUUUAAAUCAAUUUUAGGUCUUUUGGUCACAUGACAUGGUAGCUAUUGAAGGAAAACAGCCUUUUUUGAGAACAUCAACCAGUAAUUUAUUGAUGGUCCCUUAUUCAACACCCAACGUUGACAGCGAAGAUGCCAAGAGGAUUCCUGGUUAUGGAGAGUGAGAAGACACCGGUAGAUCUGCAGUGAAUGUCCGUCAAAUAUCCAACCUAAGACUAACUUCAUGAAAAAAAAUUUGUUGCCUUGGCUGAUUUUUUUUAAUGCACACAUGAGCCCCUAAAUACAUUUUACAGUUCGCACACAUCUAUUUUUAGUCGCAAAUGCGAGUGAAACGGUGGUGCUGUCGAGCCCUGGGCUAACCUUUGGCACAAGCUAUGGCAUGAUUUCAACAAAGAUAUCAGGCUCAAACCAGGUUUCAAAUCAAGAUUGAGUGUUGACAAGUCCUGUUAUUGAGUCAAGGCAGAGUGAAGACUCACGCCUAAAACACCUCAAAUGUGUGAGCUUAGUGUUCUGUCCACAUAGUUUAGCUCUGUCUCACUUCCUGGCCCAAUGUAAGCAGGUUUGAAGCGUAACAGAGUACAUCCAUGAGUAGCUGGACACUAACAGCAGGUUACUCAGUCUGUCUGUGUUUGAUCUAAAGUUCAAUUUGGUUCUUAUUCCGUGACUUUUGAGCCUCUAUCACUUGUGAGUAUGCAAUGUGACUAAAAAGUUGUGUUCUUGCAGGUUUCAAGAGUUAAAUAUUUCUAAAUCUGUGAAACUCUGACAGGAGGCAAAACACUCGUGCUCUGCUAAUUUUAGGGGUUGAGAAAGUUAAUACUCUUAGCAAAGAAAAAGUUGUACAUAAAUCUGUAAAAGCAGCAAGUGCAAAAUGAGUGACCCAGGUGAAGCUCAGUGUUUACUAUCAAGACUUAAAAAUGCAAAACUGCGUGUCAAGAGAGAAGCGCAGGGCAAGAGAUCAUAUCACACAUCAUAUGAGUCAUCACAGUGACCAAACUGAGGGCGACUUACUGAAAAAUCUACGGUGCAGGUGCGAGGGUAGCCAGGAAUGCCGGGACUAAAGCGCCAUAUUGUCUCAAGGUGAUUGAACAGCUUUCCAUCUGUACACACCGCCUGAAAGUCACACAAAUGACACACUCUGUGAACACCGCAGAAAUAUUUAGUCUGAGCGAAUUGAGUUGGUGUCCCAGAAGCCUUUUGUUGUUUAUUUAAUCUGCGGUACUGCAUAAAAACCACAGCCAACCAAAAAUGAAACGGAUACAGAGAAGCUUCAUGCACUUACUUUGACUAGAUGAGGCCGCACACUCGUGAUCAUGGACGUGUAUCUCUCGACCACUGGAGGAAAUCCCACUUCAAGUUGGGCUUUGGAGUGGCCCGCUCUUCUCAUGAUGGUCUGGGACUUUUUACACCAGGGGACAAAGUUCUUGUACUCGUCAACGUUGGCCACAACAUCGUACAUUUCCUGCAUUGAAAAGCUGAAACAGAGAGUGUAAAAUCAGAGAGAAUAAAAUCAAAAGGUACCAGAAGGUGACUUUAUCAUAAGCUCAGACUGGAAAUUUACCCCAGUAUCCGACGCUCGGAGUAUUCCUUCCUUUUGUUGGUCAGACUGAUGAAGUUUCUGCUUUGGGGAGCAGCGGUCAUUGUGUCCCAAUCUUGAAGGCAAAGCACUCUGGGAGAUCUUGUCAUCAAAAUGCCACAUGAUGACAAGUGUCUACAAGUUAAGAGAAAAUGUCAUGAGCGCCAGAUUCCAGAAAGAAGUCAAACUGCUCAACAACAACAACAACAAAAAAAGGCCCACUAUGUUCCAGUUUACAGCCGCCUAACUCAAUGAACACAGAACCAGCAGCUCAUGGAAGGUCUGUGUGUUGUGAGGGUGCUGGUGUUUUCUGUUUCUGUUGUGCUGAUGGAAAAAAAGGUAUGCAGUGACACCCACUCAGGCUUGUUGCAUCACUUAGCGAUGUGUUUUCCUGUAGGUGGACGGUAGAGUCUUGACAGCCUCAAACUAAUGAUUUCUGAUUAGAACAAAACAUUAAUACUUAUGGGAGUACACUUUGUAUUUUUACCUAAUUAAAGCUGAUGCAAAUAACUACACUUGAUAACCAGUGAAGUAGUUUCUUGUUUAACCCUCUUUUGUGUUUACCUCUUUAUGUUCAACAAGUUAUUGAGUUAUUUUAGUGUAUAUAAACUCUUUAAUAUAAGCUUGUUUAGCACUCUGCAUACUGAUAUCACAAUAUUUAACUAUGUUUUUGCACAUCAUCAGCAGGUGACCUAGGGCUGGGCGAUACAACGGUAACGAAAUACAUCGAUGAUUAAUUUUCCUCAAUAUCAAUAUAGAACAUAGUCCAUAUGCUUUUCGGUUGUCGGCAUUCUGCCAUGUUUUGGUAGACUAUACGAUGAAAAGGAGAGUUGCUCCGGGUCCACUUCGCACUGAACCAAUCAUGUGCUUAAUUAGAACCAAGUGGCAAACAACUGUGUAGUAGCAGGUUGCAGCUACACACAACCAUAGCACUUUAACACGUGAAGCCGACAGCACUGUCGCUGAGAAAAAAAGAAAAUGAGUGCAAGAUAAAGGCUUAAAAAAAAUGUCGACAACACUGGCACGAAAAAGUCGGUGGUGUGGAGGUAUUUUGUUUUUUUGAGAUCGGGCAUGAAGCAGAGUAAUGUGCACUGCAAAUUAUGUCGAGUACAUGUUCUCACAAAGUCGGGGAAUACCGCAAAUCUUUUUCACCACCUGAAGCAGCGCCCAGCACAACGCACGCACAAUGCAAAAAGCUACCAACCCUGAGUGGAGCAAGAAGCCCAUGGCACCUGUGCCGCCGAAACAGCUGACCAUUCAGUCAGCUUUCUCUAGUCUAGAGCAACACCUUACGACAAAACGUCAAAGAGACACAAAGACCUCACAGAUGCAGUAGCUUAUUGUAUUGCAAAAGGCAUGCAAACAAUAAACACUGUUAAACUUCAUUUUUUAUAUUGUGAUAUAUAUCGAUAUUGACUGAUAUGAAAAAUUUAUAUUGUGAUUAACUUUUUCCAAUAUCACCCAGCCCUAAUAUAAGCCUAUUUAUCACUCUGCAUAUUGAUAUCACAAUACUUAAUUAUGUUAUUGCACAUCACCAGCACAUGUCCUUCAUGUGCAUUUACAUUAUUGAUACACAUGAAGGAGAUACCAUGUUUUUACCACAAAUCAACUGUAGUUUCUGAUAUUUCAAUAAAUAUUGCAUUAGGGAAACAUACUGCAUUAUUAUCAUGCAGAAAUGAAUUACCCUACAUGCAUUAGUGACUAUUAUAUAAUUACAAAACAGCAGUCUUGUGAUUUCUGAGUAUUCACAUUAUGAUUCAUCAUUAUAUCUGAUAAAUACAAAGUGUCUCUAAACAGUAGGAUGGUUGUCAUUGGUACAAGAGCAAGGGGGUCACAAAGUACUGACUGAAAGUCAAAACUGGGAAAGAUAGGGACCCGACUUUGGUCCAUAUCCCUUAGAUUUUCAUGAAAUAUACAUACUCACUCAUAAUGAGUAACUGAGUCUAGACUAGACCCGGGUCAACAGGGUGCCAACGUAACAAGGUCCCUGCACCCUCCUUCGAGAUAAGAGCUGAAAGUGGACCACCCUGACAGAGUUGGCCCGUAACCUUCUCACUCCAUACCGCUCAGUCUAAAGGGGGCCCUGUGUCUGCCGCUCUGUGUUGAAGCUCGAACUGUAUGUUGUUAUAAUAAUAGCCUGUUAGUGUGUGUUCGUGACAGGCUCACCUGAUGUUCUGUCGCAGACAUCCUCUCGUCACCGCUGUGCGGCAGGAGCGAGGGGAGCCCACCGUAGCGAUCUGCAGAAAGUCACUGAAAGUCCGCACUCCCAUAGGUAACCGCCGAGCUCCGGCUGUAGCUGCCAUCAAACCGGCAACUCAGUGAGAGGAAGAGGGUCCUGGAUCAGGGCAGAUGGGCCCGGGGGGGGGUCUGGUCCAAGACCGGGAGGAGGGAUUCUCGGCGUAACUAACGUCAGUGACGAUGAUCAACUGCUAACGUUAGCGAACCUCUGCUAGCAAGGUUUCAUAACGAGCCAGAGCGGAACGCGACAAACGGCCCCAUCCCUCUGUUUUAAGAGAAAUACUGACACUACUCCACGUCUCUAGAGUCAAACUGAAACAAAUUACAGUUAUUCGGUCUUGUUCACGUUUUCAUUAUUGUCAAAUACAGCCGAGCCGCCGACGACCUUCUGCUGCUAAAUAAAACGCCGGUGGGACAAACUGUCCCUUUCUUCUGUCCGCUAAUCUUCGGUACAAUCCAACCGCGUCAUGGUGCAACUGCGCCCCCCAACGGUGUGGAGAAUAACGCAUCUUAUUUCUUUCGCUGUUUGUGCAUCAACGCUUUUGAGGUCAUCUUUUGAUUUGUUUAUUACGGUGGCUGAGGACCGCCACUGCUGCAAAUAAAAAAAAAGAAUGGAAAAAAAAAAAAGUCACAAGGGAAGUUACUGGUGCAAAAAAGCAAAAAGAAACCGAAUAGACAUGUUCAUAUUUCAUGAAGCAUCUGAUAGCUAACUAUAAGUCUCACUGCGAAGAGACUAAAUUCUCCAGAAUUUACAAAAACAGAAGGCACAAAUAAGUCAACAUUUUUAUUUGCCAUGUAGAAUUAUUAAUUUUGGACGUUGAAUCAACUUUGUUGUACAUCAGAGCUUUUUUUAACUGCAUUGAAAAAUCUACAGUGGCCGAAAACCGCCACUGCUGCAAAUAAAGAAAAAAAGAGCGCAGAUAAAAAAGCCACAACGGAAGUUCUCAACGAAAAAAAAAAGUGGCAAUGGAAAAGAAAAAAAUAUACAUGUUUUUUUAAUCUGCACCAUUUCUUUUUUAUUUGCAGUGGACUUUGGUUUCUUUCUUUCUUUCUUUCUUUCUUUUGCAUCAGUGACUUCCGUUUUUUUGCAUUCAUUUAAGAAUAAAUCUUAAAAACUGACUUACAUGUGAUGUGUAUUUUAUGGGAAAAUAUGGUUCCAGGAAUAGUUAGUGGACAAUCAUAACCAUUCUGUUUCACUGGUGUCGUAAAUGCAGACUAAAAAUCAAGACAAUCGACAAUAUUGUAAAAUCGAGAUUUAAAUCGAAUCGGCAUCCAAAAAUUGUAGAAGAAUCGAAUCGGAAGAUAAGCAUAUCGUCCCAGCCCUUAUCUAUCAGAUGCUUCAUGAAAUAUGAACAUGUCCUUUGUCACUGUAUUAUUCAGUCGAUGCAGGUACUUACAGGGUGCGUUAUAGAUGUCCCCCAUACGAUGGUGCCAUUUCACCCUCGGAGGCGAAACCAGACCGCCACGCCUGUAGGCGGACCAGCACAGUCGUAGCCUGUAUCGUCAGACCAGACAUAGGAUACAGACAACAACAGUGACAGAUCAAGACCGCAUUUCUGUUUGCAACCAGCGAUGGGUGUAGUCUGAAAAGUGGAUAUAGUAGCGCACCGCAAUAUACCUCGAAGUUCUAUCCUCAUGAAGGAGCUCCGUCCUGGCUGAGUUUGGGAGAUGGGAGUACUCAACAUUGCAGACCAGGUACGCUGAAAAGAAAAGCACUCCGUGUUCGUGCUGUGGCGCAGUCUAUUUGCUGGGAGAGACCUGCUCUUGUGCGCAACAAAAAACGUCUAAUUCGCGGAACGAAUUCCGUCCGUGGGCUGCUGAUUGAUCGUGCACCCGUAUCGUGUUGUAAAUUCGAGUAUUCAUAUUAUAGAUCCUCACAGUAGGCGAUGUUUGGCUUUCGUACACGAACAUAUACGUUGUUGCUGCUCUAGUAUAGGCCCUCCUCUGGGUCAGGGCCAGCUCUGGAGCGGAAUUAGCCAGAGCCGCUUGGCUAGCUGACGUACGUGGAGAGACAAGGGCCUGCAGGCCUCAGACUAGGGCUCCGAGUAAUUGCUGGAAGAAAUACAUAAUCGCACUCGGUUAUUUAACUGUACGAUCAAUGCAUUACGCACAAUAACACAAAAACGAUAACAUUUGGAGGGAUUUAACUUCGAGAUUAUGGUUUGUAGAAAGAACUAGAUGAAUCCUGGCGUUCAUGCCCGGGUUAACAUUAGCGUAAAUGUCUGCAGCUCUCUCUCGUAGCCGUAACCCUUCUGUUUUUCUCUGAAUUGCAGCCUCCUCUGGUCCAGGCCAUCUUCAAUCGUAAUGCUGAAGAAGUUCAACUAAUAUUGCACAAAAAGGAGGAUGUCAAUGCACUGGUAUGUAUGAUGCAUAGCUGCCCUGCAAAGUCCAGAGGGUUCAUAUUAUCAAGGGCACAGACGGGCCUCGUAGUAUGGUAACAGACGAAAAUCAAACUCAUUAUAUUGUUUUAUUUUAUGUUUUUAAACAGGACCAAGAGCGCCGUACGCCACUUCAUGCUGCUGCCUGUGUGGGCGACGUCCAUAUAAUGGACCUCCUCAUUGAAUCAGGUUAUUUUUGGUGUUUUGACUUCCCUUUAAAUUUGGUGCAGGCUCCAUCUUUUGUUAUAACCCCUGUAGGCCUCUCCAUCAUUGUCAUUUCACAGUGUAGUCACAAUUUUUAAUCAUGUUUUGUGUCUUUUUUACUUUGCAGGUGCCACUGUAAAUGCUAAAGACCAUGUAUGGUUGACCCCAUUGCACAGGGCAGCUGCUUCCAGAAAUGAAGUAAGCGUUGAAGUCAUUAAUUUUAUUCUUGAAAACAGUCGAAUUAUCCCUGCCAGAAAACUUCGACUAAUUCAAUUAAGCCUCUGUCCACAGCGCUUAAAACCCUCAUUAAGAUUCAUGUAAUGCUGACGGAGGAAAAUGCAGCAAACCAGAGAUAUGAAAUAUGCUCUAAGCUCUUGAAUUUGCGUCUGCUUUCCCCAGAGGGCAGUGGGUCUGCUGCUGAGGCGCGGUGCAGAGGCGAACGCACGAGACAAGUUCUGGCAGACACCUCUGCAUGUGGCUGCUGCCAACCGUGCCACGCGCUGCGCAGAGGCUCUGCUGACCCAGCUGAGCAACCUGAACAUGGCAGAUCGCACCGGCAGAACUGCCCUGCACCAUGCAGCUCAGAGUGGGUUCCAGGAGGUACGUCCACGGUUAUUUCCUUUCCGUUUUGAGCGCUCUCUUACAUGAUGAGAACCUAUAAAUACACUCUUCUCUUUUGCAGAUGGUGAAGCUGCUGCUGAACAAAGGGGCCAACCUGAGUGCCAUCGAUAAGAAGGAGAGACAGCCCAUCCAUUGUGCUGCUUACUUGGGUAAGCAGGUUUCGUCUUCUUGCCAGGGCUACUCAGCACAAAUCCUCAUUGUCUAAUAGCAGUGAUGGCUCAUAUUGUUCGUGGUUAGCCGCACGAAGAUGAUGAGCAGUAACUUGGAUUAUAAAUCACGGGUGAAAGACAGAAACAUGAUGUCGUGAUGAUGUCUUAAUAUGUUGCAUUCUCAUUCUGUAUGGAGAGUUUAAAUGGUGUCAUAUUUGUGUGUUUCCUGUAGGACAUGUAGACGUCGUGAAGUUGCUCGUGUCCCGCAGUGCAGACAAGAGCUGUAAGGACAAGCAAGGCUACACACCUCUUCAUGCUGCUGCUGCCAGCGGUCACAUCGAAAUUGUAAAGUACCUACUGCGGAUGGGGGCAGAGGUGAGCGCUACUUUUUUCUUCCAUAUUGAUGUUUUUUUUCCAACUUAAGAUGCCUCAAUAUUACCAAGAGUGCUUUAUCAUCCAGCUCUUUUUUUUGGCACGCUCUGAUGUUUCUUUCUUGCGUGUGUUUUCCUUCCAGAUCGACGAGCCCAACAGCUUUGGAAACACUCCCCUCCAUGUGGCCUGCUACAUGGGGCAGGAGGCUGUGGCUACAGAGCUGGUGAACCACGGAGCUAACGUUAACCAGCCCAACAAGUGCGGCUACACCCCUCUGCAUCUGGCCGCCGUCUCCACCAACGGUGCCCUCUGUCUGGAGUUGCUGGUCAACAAUGGGGCAGAUGUCAACCAGCAGGUAUGAAGGGUCUUGAAUGGAAAUAACAGCAGCACUGCAUCAGGCUGCAGUUAUAGGAAUGGACAGAAGUGUUCCUCUGAAAUGACAGGAUGUGAUUUUUGUGUCUUCACCCCACAGAGCAAAGAAGGGAAAAGCCCCUUGCACAUGGCAGCCAUUCAUGGACGCUUCACACGCUCUCAGAUUCUCAUCCAAAACGGUCAGUCAUCGUCUCUCAGAAUCGUCCGCUCAUCUCUUGUCCUUGUAGGUCUUUAAUUCACUCCCUUUUCUCGUCUUCUCUCUGUCAGGUGGGGAAAUUGAUUGUGUGGAUAAGUAUGGCAAUACUCCUCUCCACGUUGCUGCUAAGUACGGCCAUGAACUGCUGAUCAGCACUCUGAUGACCAACGGAGCAGACACGGCCAGGUAUCUGAGAGCUCUAAGUGGUAUUGGUGAUAAAUAUCAUCAGGGUUGUAAAAACAGACUCUAAUGUAUAUCUGUAAAGCUGUAAAACACUUAUAUUAACUUUUUGAUGAUCUUGUUUGCGUCUUUUUUUCUCGCUUUUGCAGACGUGGGAUCCAUGGAAUGUUCCCCUUGCACUUAGCUGUGCUGUACGGGUUUUCAGACUGUUGUCGCAAGUUACUCUCCUCAGGUUUGUCUUCGUUUUAAACUCACGUCCUCCCUCGUCAACUUAAUUUCUUCCUCUGUGUUUGUACAUUCUUGGACGUUGCCGUUACAGUCCACUUUUUCUUGGAAACCCUGCAGGUCAGCUGUAUAGUAUAGUUUCAUCCAUGAGUAAGGAGCACGUACUAUCGGCUGGGUUUGACAUAAACACCCCUGACAACUUUGGGAGGACCUGUCUACACGCUGCUGCCUCUGGAGGGUGAGACACACAAUCUGCUUUGUCACUGUAAUCUUACAAUGACUCCACAUAUUCGGUUCUCACGUUAAAUGCAACUUUAACGUCAUCUCUUCCUCUUGCAGAAAUGUUGAAUGUCUGAACUUGCUCUUAAGUAGUGGUACCGACUUGAAUAAGAGGGACAUAAUGGGAAGGUAAGCUUGCACUCCUCCUUGUUAGCUCUCUGAAUCUCUGAGUACAUAAUACUGUUCUUCACAUGACCUCAUUUUCUUGCUCGCCAUCCUCGCUGUAGGACCCCGUUGCACUAUGCGGCUGCUAAUGGGAGGUACCAGUGCACUGUGACCCUGGUGAGCGCUGGCGCUGAGGUCAACGAGCCUGACCAGACAGGCUGUACUCCCCUGCACUACUCUGCCGCCUCCCAAGCCUUCAGCAGGUCCGAAUCAAACUCUCUCUUCUUAUUCACACGUUUUCUUUAAAACACCAGAAGGGAGUGAGGGAAGGCAGCAGACUCGCCUCAAGUCUGGCAGGGAGUCAAGUGUUGUCUCAUAAAAUUGAUUAACUGUUGAAAUAGUCAUGAGCAGGUUGAUAAUUGGUGCAUUAAAAGGACUUUGUCUUUGUCCUGACUUGACUCUGAUUUUAAUGCAAAACAUCUUCAGAUGAAAAACAAGUGAGAGACUGUAGAAAAUCUCUAUUUUGGACUGACCCCAAAAAGGCCUCCUGAGUCUGAGUGUUUCUUUUUCUCCUCCUCAGGGUUGAUCGUCAUUUUUCUGGGAACCAUCAGAACGAUGAGGACGAGGCAAAGGAAUCAUACUUGUGAGUUUUCCCUUCUUUCCCACUCCUCUGCUGAAAACUUUCAGGCCUCUAAACAUCAGUGUUUUUUUCCCCCCUUCUGCACACCAGCUGUUUGGAGCAUCUUUUGGACAACGGUGCUGAUCCAUCCAUGGUCAACUCGAAGGGUUACAGUGCUGUUCACUAUGCAGCUUACCAUGGCAACAAACAGAACCUGGAGUUGGUGAGUUUCACUUGAUUUAACAGACAAAACAAAGAAAUCCUCAUCCUUGAAGAGGUCCUUGAUAAGUUUUUGAGGACUUUAUAAAACAUAAAUCACUUCACUGUUUACCUUGUAACUUUAUGGUCACCUAUAUAUGUCUCAAAUGACAUGGACUCAUGCAAACACUUCCAAAGAUGUGACAGAUGAUGCUCUGGUGUUUAUUCUGUUGUUUCACUGAUGUCUGAGCAGGUCUCUCUGCAGGCUAGGCAUGAUCACAAAAAUAUGCAGAAAUAUAUAUAUUUUUUUCUCUUAAAUCUCUCCUCAGUUAAUAACUUGUCUUGUAUUUUUGUAUUUCAGCUCCUGGAGAUGUCCUUUAAUGCACUUGGAGACAUAGAAAGCAGUAUUCCAGUCAGUCCUCUGCAUCUCGCUGUGAGUCAAGCACUUAACAAUCUCUCUCUAGGUCAUCACUUCUCAUAAUGUCGGCUAGAGUUGACUGAAACCUCGUCGUCUUUUCCUCCGCUCCCUCAGGCUGAUAAAGGACACUGGCAGGCGCUGCGUGUGCUGACGGAGACUGCGGCCUAUGUGGACAUGCAGGACGCUGCGGGACGCUCCGUGCUCUACCUGGCCUCCCAGAAAGGCUUUGCCCGCUGUGUGGAGGUGCUGUUGGCUCAGGGGGCCUCCUGUCUCCUCAACGACAACCGCCUCAUGUGGACCCCAAUUCAUGUUUCAGGUAUACUGCAGUGUAGUUUUGUACCAUCAUGACCUUUCUGCAGAGUUAAAAGAUAAACAUACUUAUUUGUUUGUUUGGUUCAAGCUGCCAAUGGUCACUCAGACUGCCUGCGCAUGAUGAUCGAUUACGGAGAGGAGGGGGAUCUCAUCAACAUUGCAGACAAAUUUGGCCAGUGAGUUUGUUUCCUUUUGAAACUGUUGCUCCUAAUCAUAAACAAUAUAACACCUGAUGCUUAUUUAAUCUCUUCACAUCUGUAAUCGUCCCUUUGUCACACUUUUUUUUUAGGACUCCUCUGAUGCUCGCUGUCCAGGGAGGUCACACCGACUGUGUCCACUUCCUGUUGGAGAAGGACGCCUUGCCAGACGCCAAGGACAAGAGGGGCAGAACAGCUUUGCACAGAGGGGUAGGUCAAAAACUCUGCGUGUGGCCGCACAGUGCUGCAGAAUAUCAGACAUUCAAGCAAGACAGCGGAAAUAAAGUCCUUCACCUUGUUCCUGAUUGGCAAGUGGCACCAACUGGUCAAAGAAAACCUUUCUUUAUCAGCUAGUUUACUCUUGUCGUGGCCCCAAAUUACAAAAUAAACAUCAUACUAUAUUUAGUUCAACUUCUACCUUAACAUCUUUCGGCUGCAGAUAUCCUUUAGUCUGAAUUUUCCUUCUAGCUGACUUAGGAGGCAGCAGGGUAACUGUUCCGCUGUCUUAGCGUAGCAUCCCAGCUAUGUGACGUAACAUCUCGUUCCUCUUCAGAGGGCAUCUGUAGGAAUCACGUUGAAGUUUUUGUACAAGAACUAUUAUGUCAGAUCGAUGCAGCUUUUUGGAUUUUUUUUUAGCUUCAACACCAACCAGCUUACCCAGCCUUUUAGUCACUCCUGCGGGUCCUGGUGGGCUGCAGGUCUCUGUGCAAAGUUGAAAUAACAGUCUGACUCACAUUUAAAGGGACAACUCGACAGGAUUUUAACAACAAAAUGCAGUGGUAGCAGCAGAGCAGAAGUAAAGCAGUGAGAGGUCGGGUCACAGCUGGAAUUAAGAGUGCAGGGGUAAUGUAGCGCUGCAUUCAGAACUGUUUCUUCUAUUCAGCGUCUUUGAGUGUUUCUAGUUCAGCAGCCUUGAUGAAAAUCUUCACUUUGACUGCGGCGUUUGAUCUAAAUCCAGCUUUUACAUACUGUAGUCAGAUAAUAUACCUACUCUGAGUAUUUGCUUAAAAUCCUUUCUGAUAAGGAUAAGCUAUAGAUGUCAGAAUCUGCUGUCAGCACAGGGUUUAGGUUUCUUUUUUUAGACCUAAAUGGAACAUCUAAUAUUGUGGGUCAAGGUAGCAGGAGGUCAGAGACUUGAACAUGUGUUACAUUUAGCUUUAAAGUCCCAGUGUUGACUGCGUCCCUCUCCUCUUCCUGCUGCUCUUUGUCCAGGCCGUGUUGGGCCACGAUGACUGUGUUACAGCCCUGCUGGAGCACAAAGCUUCUGCACUGUGUCGGGACGUCCAGGGUAGGACACCUCUGCACUACGCUGCAUCCAGAGGCCACACCGAGAUCCUGGCCAGUCUGGUGCAGGCCGCCAUGGCAACAGACCCACAAGAUACACUGCUGGACAACAAACAAUACACCCCAUUACACUGGGCUGCUUACAAAGGUUUGUAUAGAUUUAUUGACCGUGAAUGGCCGAUCUGUAAAGCUGCUGAUGUUUACGAUUGUUUGAAACGCUGUGUGUUUGUUUGUUCUCAGGGCAUGAAGACUGUUUGGAGGUUUUACUUGAAUUCAAAACAUUUAUCCAUGAAGAGGGAAACCCUUUCACCCCCCUGCACUGUGCUCUGUGAGUAUCACCUCUUCAUAAACUCAAAACUUUGAGUCAAAAUAGAAAACUUUCUGCAGUUCAGGGAGAGCAAACAACCUUCAAAGUCAAUUGUUAACGCCUCUCUCUGGCUCACAGGUUGAAUGGCCACAGCGGUGCUGCAGAGAGGCUGCUGGAAUCUGCUGGGGUCCACAUGAUUAACACCAGAGAUGCCAAAGGAAGGUGAGUCUGCGAACAAAAGACCCGUUUAUGUGGGAACAACAUGAGGACAGCAUUUAUCCGUCUUCUCUGUUUUCAAAUAUUCACGCUCUGUCAACUCGUAGGACCCCACUGCAUGCUGCUGCAUUUGCUGAGGAUGUCGCAGGACUUCAGCUGGUGCUUCGCCAUGGGGCAGAGAUCAAUACAGUGGACAAAAGUGGACGCUCCGCUCUGAUGGUAGCUGCUGACAAGGGACACAGCGGAACCGUGGGUAAGACGCAGACCUGCUGUUCUUUUGAGAGUUCGGAAAACCUGUUGCGUCUCUUCUGUUAGCGUCGUUGACAGAUGAGGGUGUCUGUCUGCUGUUGCAGGAUAUGAUUGUUUUUGUGUCUUCCAGCCAUCCUCCUUCACCGGGCCAAGGCUGACCUGACACUGCUGGAUGAGAACAAGAACACUGCCCUGCACCUGGCCUGCAGCAAGGUAAACACAGCGAUUACUCAUCCCGUCAGAAACACAAAGCUCCACUUUCCCCCACUGUGUUUAGACUUCACUCGCCUAAACAAACACAGAUCCCGUUUCCAAGUCUUUCCUUAAAAGCUAAGCCAACAAUGACAGAAAAUGACCGUGUGUAACUUUCCUCUCCGUUCUGGUCCUCAGGCUCAUGAGAUGUGCGCCCUGCUGAUCCUGGGAGAGAUCCACAGUCCGACACUCAUAAACGCCACCAACAGUGCUCUGCAAAUGUGAGAAUCUUGGCUUAAAACUAAAAACCUUAAACGAUCAGCAGCUUUGUACUUCUGUCUUUAUGAUCUAAUGUCAAUCGAAGUUAUUUUAACGACACAGAUUUGCUGAUUUUGUCGUUCUGUCGAACAUCCUGUCUUUUCUCUGGUCUUCACGUUUGAUAAAAAUGUUCCCGAUCUGAAAAUAACAGGCUGUCAGACCGAUAGCGUCUCGUCUGGCUGUCUUUCAUCCUCUCCCUCGCUCUCUCUCGCAGGCCCCUCCAUCUUGCAGCUCGUAACGGCCUGGCUACGGUGGUGCAGGCACUGCUGAGUAGAGGAGCCACUGUGCUGGCUGUGGAUGAGGAAGGUGAGGCCUGAACAUGACGUGUUUGAUACUGACUGACUGGAUGAGCUGACAUGUUUAGAUUCGAUUUUCUUUGGAGUUUAUUUCUCUCAAUUCACAUUUUGGAAACUUCUUUUUUGGGAAGUCAUUUUUUCAUGGCUGUCUCUGUGCAGAGCAUUGUGGGAACUUGAGUCCAUGGGAAGCUGUAGAUUUUGAAACCUGCUUCUCAAGUUGAUGUGACCUCAGAGCUGCUGGGUUCACAGCUAACUGUGUGUGUCUGAGCAUAAAGUGAACUGUAGUGAACUUUGCUGGAGCAGCUGUGAGGUUGCUGGCCUCACUAAACAGUUAAAGACCAGAUUCAGGGCUACCCCCAAUGAUUGGAGAGGCAGGGCUUGUUUCUGGGCUUGUCAUAACCAAUAAUUCGUCCAAAUAAUCCUCAAUAAAACCAGUUUACGGGAUCAUAAAUCUCAAACAUGUUUGAGAUUUGUGAUCCUGAGUUGGACUGACAGUAUUCCAAGAGGGGAGCAGACUGAAGCAUCACCAACAGGGUGUAAAACUCGCAGCCAUGGCAGUGAGCAUAAACGGUUGUGCUCUGACGUUUGGGACUUUCUCUAUGUAGAAGUUUUGCAGUUUGCACAAUCUAGUUAAAAUUCAUAUAUUCAUGUAUAAUUUAAAUGUUUUAUCAUCUAGCAUGCAAGAGAGGCGAUAAACUGUCUGGGCUCUUAACUGUGGCCUCACUCUUUUUUUACGUGACCAUGUUUUAUAAAGUCUCAGUAUAUUUUAACAAGUUUGUGCAGCUUUUAAAAGUUUUCCUGAUGUAGCAGAAACGUUGUGUUGAAGUUGUGUAUGUGCGCUCAUAUACAUGUGUUUGUUAAACAGGCCACACCCCAGCCCUGGCCUGCGCUCCCAACAAGGACGUGGCCGACUGCCUGGCUCUUAUCCUCUCUACCAUGAAGCCUUUCCCCCAGCGGGACCCUUCCUCCUGCUCCUGCUCCUCCCCCACCGUCUCCCCCUCCCCGGGUCUCAACUUGCUGAAGCACUGCGGCAUCACCGCCACCUGCGCCCCCCUGCCGAGCAACGGCCUCCACAACGGCUACGUCAAAGACCGUCACGGUGCACCGGUUGGCCUGGACGGGUGUCUGUCUGAGUGAGGCCACACGCCCCCCUCAGUCAGCUGCUAUCACCAUCAUCACCACCAGAGGGGGGGAGGGACUCCCUUUAACAUGGCCCAGAGGACCAGGAGAGCACCCACCCACAUGUCUGUUCUGUGUAUGUAUGUGUUUGUGUGUCUGUGUGUGCGUGAGUGUUUGGUCUUCUCUUGAGGUGCAGUCAAACCUAAUAUGCAAUUAGAUCCCAUUCCUCCAUCUCCUGUAGUGCUUCAAACUUAGAGGCAGAUUGCUCUACAAGGUCACUCCGACAACAAAGUGGCAUCCAAAACAAACUUUAGCAAUCUGGCCAUCUGAAAUCAUUUAACCCUUUAAAACCAUGUCGACAUACUUAUAUAACCGACAUCUAAGAGCAUGGAAACUUCUCUGUACCCUCAACCCUCAACUUUCUCGCCAUAUCACUCACUAUCAGAGUCAUAUCAUGUCGAAUCAGCCAUGGUGACCUUGUAGAGGAUCAUACAGCCUUCCCAAAAGAGUGAUCAAAGAGUUUUUGUUUGUUUUUGAUUACUUUUUUUUUUCCUUCUCUUUUUUUUUUUUUUAAUUGUGCGUUAGCUUAGAUUUUUAUGAAGGAACCACACAAGGGAAAAAAAAAAAUCUAAAAAACUUUUUUUUGCUUAAGAGUGCAAUGCUUGUGUACUACAGUACAAUCCGCAAAUUUGGAAAAGGGUCACAAAGAAUUCCAUAGUGUACUUAAAACGUACGGCCUAGAAUUGUUUGGCAUUUUGAGAUAAUUUGGUAAUGCUGCUGAAUACAUAAGCGUGUCUCCUUCCAAAGGAGGGCCACGCUCGGGUCAGCAUUUGUAACAUCGAUUUGUUCUUAAUGCUGACUUCAUGUUUUAAAGAUGCUAAAUAAGUGUUUGUUAAGCUAGAAUGUUUCUAAGCAUAUAACUUAUGACCAAAGUUGAUCAACACUAUUAUGGCUAUAAAUUAUUUAUUUGAGAUGAACUGUACUGUAUAGAGAAAGACAAUAGAUCUUGAUAUACCUCGUCAACUCGUUUAGCAGCUGCUUCAUCUUCACCCAGGGUCCGUAGGCCUAAUGUUCUCUUUUUGUAGGACUGGAGAACUACUGUAGGAUAGUGACUGACUGAGGCCUUGUUUAUUAUUAGAUGAAGGCUUUACUAGUAAUAUCUGCCAACAACACCUCAUCAAAGCAUCAUAUAUCUGAGCACAUAAAAUGAACAAGCCAUUUCAAUUUAUUUCCCAUCUCUUUUAACAGUGUUUUUUUUUUUUUUUGAAAAAGUAAAAAAAAAAAGAUUUCAGAAUUUGAAAAGGCCUAACGAUCGAAAAGAGAGCGAUCAGUUUUGGUUUUUAGGCACUCAUAACUUUUUUUUUUCUCUUCUUUUCAUUCUUUUGUGUUUUUUUUUUUCUGAAGUCGAACUGGUCAUCAGCAUUGUGGUUUUUAACACGCUCUCACUAAAAAAAAAAGAGAUUUUUUGUUCUCUGAGCUGGUGAACUAGUCUUAAACAUCUAAUAACUCAUAUCUCAACCUCUUGGUGAUCAAUUUGAACAGAUAUGGAGUAUUUUCUGCUGUUUUUAUUGGGCAGUUUUCAAGCAAUAUUUUCUUUUGGCCUUUCUUUUGUUUAACCUUAUUGAAUAGACAAUCACUGUCACAAGGGCUUUUGUUUCCCUGGAAUGUGUUUUGAUUUCUUUUUUUUUCUUCUUUCCUCUUUUUUUUUUCUUCUCUUUUUAUUAUUUCAUGAAAAAAUUAACCUAAAGACUAAACGAAUGGCUCUGUGUGUGCUGGGCAUUUUACUGUCAGUGUCAACACAAAUGCACUGGAUUGCCUUUAUGGCAUCUCAUGAAAUGCCUUUUGACCCAUGCCUUCCGUAACACAUCAUUUCAGUUGGAUUGCGUAAUGGCAGCGUACGACGAGCCCUGAGACUGACUAUCUUUUCCACCUAUUUGAUUGCAGCGACAUUGAACUACGGUUGCACCAUAGUGGAAAAAAAAAAAAAAAACUGCCCGGCAUAUCUUUAUAUGUCCCGGCGUUAUCAAUAACUAGGGAAUUGAUAUCCCUUUAUAGAAGCAAAUAGGGCUAAGAGGAAAAAGGAGAGGGAUCUUUGCUUAGGCCAAUACCUGUUGUUUAGAUUUCAGGAAUAGCAGAAAUCCAAAUAUGUGCUUUUUUUGGUGUUUAUUUUGUCGUCUUUUCAUCCCAUUUCUGGUACUAAGCAUACUAAAGAUGAUUGUAUCGGACCACUAGAGCUGUUUGUGACUUUUAGAUGUUAUACCUAUGCUAUUUUUUACACCAUCUGCUGGUGGUUAAAUUACACUGAGUCAGAUUGUUUUCAUUGGUGUGAGAACUUCAUAUCCACUGGUAAUGAAGUGGCACAAUUGCACACAUUAGUUGACUGGAUGAGAGAUGAGGACCUAGACUAGGAUUAUGUUGUUAAAUCCCCCUCCCCCCCUGCGAAAAAUCUUCUUUACUUGAUUUCCUGAAGCUGACAUCAAGUUCAUUUCAGAGCGGCGAUUUUUCUCAGAGUUAGUGUCAUAGUUUCAUAGUUGGCAUUUCAAUUGACCUCAAUAACUUGAAAAGGAACUAAUUGGUGACCCCACAGCCUUUUUGUUCUCUUGAUCGAUUUCUAAUUUCAGGAGAGCACUUACAUUAUUACUAAUAUUAGCGAUAGGUACAUAAUAAUUUGUAAUCUCAGGAUCUGUGCUGAAGCAGCGAACAGAGUUUUAUUAAUCCAAUCAGAUCUCAGCGGGAAGAUUAUGUCGACUUUUAUUUUUUGGUGGGAUUUUCCAUAAUUUAAUUCCUUUUUAACCCUAAUCCCACAGCACUUAAUUAGAUAGUCAAGCACGCACUUUAGUACAUUCAGGUUCUAAGUGUGCAAAAUAGAGCAGAUGUUAAUGUAUGUACUUAUGUUUACAUGCAUGUGUGUUGCUGCUGCUGAAUACAGGAAGGAAAGGGUUGCAAAAGACAAGCAAAGGCUGCAACGAAAUUGUACUCUUAUGAUGCAUUAUUUAAAAAAAACAAGAAAAAAAAAGUGUCUCUAAAUACUUUGGGACAGUAUCCACUGCCCGCUGACUUCUUCUCUUGUGUUGACUAACUCUGGGCAAACAGCCCCGUGAAAAGUGACAAGGUUACAUUACCCAGCCUACUGUUAAUAACAGACUCUGGCCGAAGUCGCUUUAAGUCAGUGCACCUCAGGCAGGCUCCUUAAAAUACUCUACAUACUCUCUCUGCCAUCUGUAGGUGCUGUCUGUUCGGGCAGGGACGUUUUUUUCUCUCUUGUGAUGUCCUUAUCUGACCAGUAAACGGAGCCAUUGCCCCUGAAACUGUACAAGUCGGAACUGAUCCUUUUGUUGUAUCACAGUAUUCUUAUACAUGCUCUUCUUUUUUAUUUCAUGUGUGUGUACCAGUGAAAAAAUGAGUGAUUGUGCAUGGAGCUAGAUCACAAUUUUGAUAUACUAUAACGGUUGAUCAAGUGGAGCAUAUACAUUAUAUAUCUGGUACCAGAAACGGAAAGCAAUGAAAGGUCCAAUUGUAGCAAUAGAGAGUGUGUGUAACCGUGUGCAGCACAAAUAUUGCACUGCCAUCCAUUUAGGCCAAUUCACUAAAUCAUAGCAUAAAUGCCAAUGGAAGAUUUUAAAUGCGGGUUAGAUGUUAUAAUCUUUGGUCACAAAUAUGGCCUGUUUGCCAAAACGUGCGGAGAGGGAGAGCGAGAGAGAGAAGGAGAGAGAGAGAGAAAGAGGGGGGCGAACCCUCUUUUUAGUAAAGCAGCAAUGGAUUUAUGCAUAUGUUCAAGCAGUUUACAGUCUGACCAUCAAAUCUGAGCCAUGAAUUUUCUGACUGAAAUGAAUGUAGGGUCAGUUUAGAGCAGGACAAUUUGCUUUCUCCCGACUUUAAACUGUUGCUCUUCAUUUGUCUUGCGUAGAUAUGAUUACACAGGUAGCAUGUAAUAACCUAAUUCUCUACAUAUUCUACAGUAUGUGUAGUAGUCUUCCUGCAUUUGAGGGUCUGGUUAGGGUUUCUUUCUUUCUUUUUUCUUUGUUGGAAUAGAGGCCUGCUGUUGUGUUGUUAUCACUCUUCUUUCUCUCUACAUAUAUGAACAUAUUUGUGUGGAGUGUAGCCUAUAAGGUAAACAGAGGACAAGAGUUCAGAUGAAUUAAACAUUCAUGUUCAUCCAUUCCAUUGAGAUUGCCUUACAGUACAGUAAAACAAGAGGGACAAAAAGGUCUACAGUAGAUAUGAUCACACAUACUCGUAAAUAGCCUAUAUUUGACAGAAAUGCACCUAAGCUACACCCAUUUAGUGCCAUAGAAACCUUUAUUUGCCUUUAGACAUAAAUCAUUCUUACUUGGUCAGUAAUUUAUUCACAAGUAGGCAGGUAAUUACAUUUUUAUGUUCGGAGCUGCAUGUCUUUUCACCAGUUCUAUUAGUCAAAGAAACACUAUAUAAAUAUUUGCAUGGGAUAUAAGUACUUAAAUGCAAGUAUUCUGUUAAAAAAAAAUUAGGUGUUUGUACAAGUCUAUUGUAAAAUUGGAUAUUUUUGCAGAAUAUAGUUAGUCCCUUUGGUAUUGGCAAAGCAAUCCCUAGGCUGUGUGAUUUGUUUUUAAAGGGGUGGUAUUAUGCUUUUCACAUUUAGAACAAAAACUGCACAGUUGCAAUGUUUGGUGUCGAUAAUAGAUGUAUAAAAAGUUUUAAAUCAUGUGGUAAUUUUUGAAAAUACGGGACUCAUACUCACUAGAAUGCUUGCGUAUGUAUUCAAAGCUGUUUCUCCACUGUGCUAGUUGAACAAAAUAGAAGGGGCAGGGCCAGAACAUCUAGCUCUGCCCGCCCAAUCAGAAGAAGGCAGGCUUGUGGAGGAGGGGCCUUAAAGAGACAGCAGCUCAAACUGAAAUAAUGGUAGUUUAAUACACCACAGUGAGCAACAGGAGGCGAUUUUGAUCAGAAAGGAAGUACAGAGUUUUAAAACAAUGCAUAAUACCCCCUCUUUAAACAAGGUGGUUUAUAAUGUGUGUUACCAGGAGGAAAAAAAACAUUUUUGAUGUCCAAAAAAGAAGCAUGGUAUAUUCAGUAUAGAAUUGAUUUGCCUCAACAGAUGUCUCGGUUCUUACUUGAAGUAAAUGGCAAAUUUCAAUUCAACUCUCUGAUCCACUGUUGAGCCUUUUGCCUUAAAAAGCUGAAAAAAAGGAAAUGAUACCUGGCAGUACCUGAUAAGUUGCAUCGCGGCGGUGUAGAGUUCUGCUACUUGGUUGGAUUGCUUGAACUGAAAAAAAAAAAAAAGCAAAUUUAGGUCUCACAGAUGCCUUCGGGUGUCGAGAAGCACACAAAUCAAUUGAGGUAGCACAUAGCUCAAGGUUGCCAUGGUGCAGAGAUUGUCGUGACAGGUUAGGAUAUCGCCAUAUUUGCCACUGUGAAUGAAUGAAUUCAGAAUUCACUCGAAAAACAAUCAAACGUUGGCUUCACCGUCAUCCAGAGCCAAAUGACACUGGGGAGAGAAGUGGUGUACCUCAAGAUUUAAAAAGAAAAAAAAAACAAAAAAAGAUGGAAAGGAAAUUCUUAUGAAAAAUGCUUGUACAGCUAUGCUAACAAAGAGUUCAAAUCUUGUGAUCCAUCUUGUCGUGGGUAGUGUAAUUCUGCUUAAACCAGCCUAAAUCAGAGAUGUAUCUAUGCGGAAGUGUUAGAUUAGUGUCGGCAGAUGUCUCAUGUUUCCUACCUUACAAAGGGGGCAGCAAACUGCACCUUGUACUUUUUAUUGGACCUGCAGUUUUUACCUCAUCAGUGAUAUUUUGUGUGACGACGCUGACAUUUAUCCUCUGUGAUCUGUUCUUGUUUCUCCUGAUGCCAGUUGUGUAGAUUUCUCUCUUACGGUGUGUGUGAGUGACUCCUUAAUAUAUGCAUGUGGACCCCGAACAUGCACAAGUCCCUUCUUUUUUAAGACAGAAACACAUAGUUACCCAACAUGUUUCUCUACAUUACAACCAACAGAUGAGUCUGUUAUCUGGUGCAGGUCAUAUAGCGUAAAGGGUACAGUCUAUUCAAGGUGGGAAAUGAAGGUAGCUACAAAACUUUACCUCUUGUAAGUCAAAACAAUACAAUUACACUGUAUGACUAAAGCUAGUUCGACCGCCUUCCCUGCCUGAACACUUGGUUAUUAAUUUCCCCCCACCAUUAGGACCUGUGUAAUAUCGAGCACAGUGGUGGCAUGGUGCCUUUUAUUUGUUACUACCGAAAGGUACGGUCUUCCAUUUGUAUUUCCCAGAAGCCUUAUAACGGGAAAAAGGAAAUUACACUGAACGUACAGUAGAGAGGCUCAUAUUCCCUCUGAGCAGGAUUAUUUCCACCCUAUGAGAUCUGAGUCAUAAGAAUAAAAAGCCUAAAUACACUCCUUCUGUUUUAUUCUGGGUUUCAUGACGCAUCUCAGCGACUGAGUGCUCCCUUCGGGUGGCAGAUCAAAUUGCACAUAGUCGAUGCGAUUUAGGGCACAUCAAACAUUGAGUGGAUGGGGAUCAAAAGUAUGAAAGCACAAAUCCAAAGAAGGCACCUCGGGGCUCAAUCGGCUCCCUGAACAUCAGAGCGAAGGAGCCGGUAGACGACCAAAUUUAGGCAAAGAUUAAGACGACUCUGAGCGCUUCAGAUCAUGAGGUUUGAUUGUCAGUAACACAUUAACUGUAGAAAGACCAUCGUCUGGAAUUUCAGAGCUUCUUCUGAUUCUGCUUUUCAUUUCUAUGGUUUUCAUCAACGCUAACAAAGCUUAACCAAGUUGUGAAAAAUGCGGUACCUGCAUUCAAGAUCAAGAUUUUAGGCGAGCUGUUUGUUGUGACUGUGUUGCGAUCUGAUUGUAGAGAUUGUUUUUGUGUUUCAUUUUUUUAGGAUAGACCGAUUUUACGAGUAGGGUUGCAGUAGUAGCUGUGUGCAGUGUUAAUAACAGUGUGAUCAUACUAUAGAAGUGACGUAACAUUUUGUUGUCUUACUGCGACAUUAAGGCAUGAAUCAUCUUCUCUCAAGCUGACCUCGUUUUGAAAUAGACAAAAGAUAAAAAGUGCAAUAACUUUUUGUUUAUCAUUGCUUCCUCGGUUGGAAAAAAUAUUUAAUAUGCCCUUUUUUCUUUUUUUUUGUUAACACCAAAAGUCACUCAUCUGUAGCAAAUGAAGGAUUUUUCUCGGUCCUCUUGUUUGUGUUCAGAGAGGUGGCGUUUGAUAGUGGAGUGUUUGAUAUUCCAUUCUGAAAACUGUGAUCAAUGUCCAAGUUGAAAAGCUGCCUGCUCAGAGAAAGGACUGUGCACAAGUUGACUGAUAGAUUCGAGUAGGUGCAUUAUUUUUUUUUCUUCUUCUUACGGAUGGACUCUGAUGGUAUUGUAGUUUGAGCUUCUGGUUUAUAGCCGGUAGACAUGUUCAUUUGCAUGUGUAGAUGUGUAUAUGCAUCCUCUUCCUCCUUGAAUGAAAUGUUUUCUCAAAAAUAUUUAGACCUGCUGUCAGUGAUGUAUGCGGAUAAAAGGAAAUAUGAAAAUGCCUUAUAUUUGUUUUUUAAUGUUCAGCAUUAAGGGUUCUUACGUGUCCCUCCCUUUUCAACGUGUAGCCUAAAGCUUGUACAGAUAAGAAACUCAUGAGAUUUAUAUCUACUGUAUAGCCUAUGUGUUUUCUGAAUUUGUUACUCGGAGGUCCUUGUGAUUGUGGUUUUAGAGAAACAUUCCCCUUGAAAGUGCCGUUUGUUUUCACCAGCAGGAGGGUGUGUCUUUGAGGGAGGAGGGGGUGAAAUGUAUUUACGAGAAGGAAAACAAACACUUUUCCAGUGUUUACUGUUGAACCUGUUGAACUGAAUGACACAAAGUAUUCGUGCAGGUGAAACAAGGCAGCAAUCUUCUGGUGGAGCACCUUAUCUACUCGCUCCUUCUGUGAGCCCACGGUGGAAAUAGUCUCACCCGAGCUUGAUUACUCUAAAGCAGAGCCAUAUCAGAGAAUUUGCCCAUUAGGAGCCCCUUUGAAUGUGCUAUUAGGAAUAGCCUACUGUAGGAAAGGAUGUAUUCUGCAUGUUCUGUGACAUUUUAGUAGUACCUUUUCAUGUUUUUGUUUCUAGUCCGCUGCACUGUAGAUGUUGCCACCUCAUUGCAACUCACAAGCUUCUAACAAUCCUCUCACAACUGGACUUAAAGCAGGCAUGGAUCUGCUGCUGAGGCAGCCUUAAUUCAUUACAAAUUAAAGAAGAGAGGGAGAGAGAGAAGUCGACGAUGGGUUGCCUGUUUUACUUUGAGUGGCUUAUCUGGGGAAAUACAAAAGGGCCCUUUAUCUUUAGGGGAAGGACUCUGAAUCAGGGCAUGUGAUGAGUUACAAUCAAAAAGUUUCACAGUGCACCUUCACAGAAAAACUUAAAAAAAAAAACUAAAAAAAAUGACAAAGUUGGCUCGUCCACCCAACAUUCCAAAGUUGAUCUUAUUUUCCCCCACAGUCCUGUCCCGCUGAUUGAGGAAGUUUUUCUUUUCUUUGCUGGUGAAUGAAGUGGGCAUGUGUGUCAAUGACAGGGUUCCCUAUUUAGCCUGAUUACCUCAUUUACAAAUCUGCAAAUAUAUACUACUACUCUACUGUGUGUAAAGGAGUCAAUGCCAUCACCAGCAGCGUGGUCUCUCGACCUGUGAUGACAACAGGACCAAUGAAGUUACUCCGUUGAAUGAAAUUAGCCAAUUUUUAGAAUAUGAUUAGUCUGGAAUUAUGUAUAGGGUUAAGACAGGAUUAAAUUAUUUUAAGGCACAGUGGGCCUCUUAAAUAUCCUGAGUUAGUUCAUCCCCACAGCUGCUACGCCAGUCUACGUCGGACAAAAUCAGGAAAGCAUCCGAUUCAGCUUUGAGAUUUUUCCGAAUCUUACUUCAGUGUCGGAUUGUAUUUUGAAAUAAAGCUCAAAUCCGACACACUGCUCCUCACGUACGCGGACUGGAUUAGCAGGUGCUGGCGCUAGCUCGGUUCGAGAAGUCGAGCUGGUGAACGCCUGGUGUCUCUCACCAUUAUUUAGGCAAACGAUCACGUUAGCAUCACUUGCUGUUUUUCAGUAGCAUUUCUCCUACCUCCUUGUUUUGCAGCCUUGAGUAUUGUUUGUCUCUCCGCCUGUUUGAUUAAAGAAAAAAAAACUAUUCACAGUACGGGAAUACAGAUUUAUCAUAAGCAAUGGUAGUUAUACAUUAAAAAAAAAGUGUGCUUGGUUGUGCUGUAUGUGUAUAUGUCUAUUUGACGUUGAAAAAAUAUUUAUGAGAAGCAUUUAUACGACAAAAUACCACUGGAAUGUGAAGCCAGACAAUGUUAUGAUGCAGAUUCUGAUGAUAGUCUAUCCCCCUUUAACAUUCAGUGGCGAAUGGUCAGAGGAUCCAUCUUUUUAGGAAUCAAUAACCAUGCAUUUGCUUUUCUUUUAACACUGUCGUUCUUUGGUUGUGUGUAUAUUGCCCUGUCUAGCCCUAUAGUAUAAAUCAUUUCAACGUUUACAGCUUCAUUCUGGGUCGGCCAAUUCACACCCUGCAGUUGUAAUGAUACCACAGGUUGUCACAGGAACGUUUUUAAGCUGGGUUUGUAAUUCUGUACGAGGGCGAGUCUGAGCCCCUCAAGCCGUAUGCCUUUGAAUCCAUCAGUCCACUCCGAACCAAAUUCUGCUACACAGGCGUCUGUCUCCACACUGCCCUGACAUUUCAUGUUCAGUUUGACUACAAGGGGUACAGGACAAGGUGAAAGGUUUGAGGUUUUCUGACCAGGCGCCCCCCACACCCAAAAACACCACCCCGUAAUCCCCUGAACCCAUCGCCUAAUCCAGGACAGGACCAGCCCCACUUCCCCCCCAGUCUCACCUAAACCUCAAGCCAUUCAUUUUUUCUGUUUUAGUUUUUUCGACAAUGCAAUCCUGAAAGCACUUUGCCUUGUUAUUCCUUUGUGUGAACAUGUGAAUGAUAAUUUGUUACAAAAUGUUAAAUAUGUAAAAGAUCAUUCACUGUUUUGGAAAAACCUGCAUCUGUCUUUCUGACGUUAAAAGAAAAAAAAACAAUUUAGUGACAUUAAACCUGAAUCUAUUUUAUAAAAUGUUUGCUGCAGCCAAUUGGUCUUGUCAUUCAGUAUUGUGGCUUAGGGUUGUUUGUGUUCAAUAAAGUGCUAUUGCUAAAUAUG